UGAACACCCAUGAUCCUUACUAAUCUUGUGGAAAUUGCACUGUCAAAUUCUUCAUACAUACUAUAGUAUCUGCGUGCACAGCUACCAUUGGUUAAAUUGGGCCAAUAAAGACAAGGCGGCAGAAGAGGAGAUGAAUCUGAAUGAGUCUGCUUUUUCAGAGGGUGUUCUGAUGAGGAAAAUAUAAAUCUUAGUCUACUAAGUGGAGUGGAAAGGUCUUAAACACCAGCUGUACUCCAGCACUGCUACAAGCAGCUUUGACAUUCUGAACUUUCACCUCAGGCUUUUACAGGCCUGUUCCCAGGGUUUAAAUACUUUCAAGAAUGUAAAGCCACCAGGACUGCUCAGCCCUGAAUGCCUCCUCCAGCCCUUUCCAGAUACAACGGGCAUCCACCAGCAUAGCUCCAUUCACAGCCCAUGCCUUUUUUCUUUUGCUCAGAAGGACUCCAGCAAGCUUUCUCUCUUCUGAUGUUGACUUAUCUGCGGCCUCCUCUUUCUGGGGAGCGCUCACAUAUGUUGUCAGGGUCCUAGGCACAGCCAGCUACCACCCUUCUAAGGGUGACUUGACAGUCACGUUUUCAUGAUUAUCUCAAAAUCCAAGAUAACCUAGUGUUGAAGAAAAGACUUGGAUAUCUUGGAAUUGCAACCAGUUGAAUUGUGUGGCUAUGCCCAGUAAAAAGCAUUUUGGUUUCGAGUUGGGAAUUCCUUGGAGCCAGUAGCGUUUUGAAAGGUAUAUCAGGCAGCAAGUUCUGUUUCAAAGACAUGACGACUGCUUUAAUAAUCCCCUGCCUUAGGUUGCUUCUGCAGCAGUGAGACAGGGUAGGGGUUUUAAAUCUCUCCUGACUUAUAAAAUAUAAAACUGAUUAUUAACGGUGGCAUCAUUGUCAUCAGUCCUGUGACUUGUGAGUUACAAGAGAAUAGCUCUGCUGGCUUGUUGUAGCCUCUGCUUCAAGAUUAUUUUAAUUUGGAGAUGCGCUUUCCAUGGCUACAGAGGAAAUAAAACACCAAAAUACAGGAAGCAAAACUUGUUAGCUUUAAUUUUAGCUAUGGAUACUGCUAAAUCAAAGCUGUCCUAAAUGUAAGAGAAGAGUUUGGGAUGGAUAUUUUUGGCUGUGCCUUGCGUUACCAUAGGCUUUAGCUGUGAUCUGAAAUUGCUUGCUGGUUUUGGCAGUGAUGAUGAUUUAGCUGUAAAUAAAUUUAAAAGCUGCUAUGCUGCUUGUAGUAUAGGCAAGGUAUGUAGCACAUGAAUUUUGGAUUGAGGCUAAAAUGUGUGUUUCAAGAUGUGAUUCUUUUCUUCCAGGUAUCUGUUUUGAUUUACUCAACUUUCAAGCUGAUGUUAAAUAGAAGUUUUCUGGCAUCUGCUUUUCUUCCUUGUUCAAAAGGGACAUUUCAGUGAGAGUAGAGAUGCUUCUUGGUCCGGUCCCUUAAUUCACACGUGUUGUAACUUUACAGAAUAUAGAAAUCAUUGAAGAUCCUUUAAACAUUACUUUGAUGAAAAAAUGAAGAGCAAGACAUCCAUUUCAGUCUUACUCAACCAUUCUGUAUUUUCAUUUGUUUUGUUAUGAUAGUCUCAUUUCACUUGUUCUUUUUUGGUAAUACUACCUUUUUUUUUUUGAUGGGAGGGAAGGGAAAGGUUGAACUCCAUGGUUACCUGGCGUGCAACUACCAUUAUAGUUUGCAAACUAAGUACUAUAGCGUAACACUGUCACAUUGUCAGUUCACCUUUUAGAUUGUUAUGGAUGAGUAGGAUUUGUACGUGGGAACGGAUCCUGUUACCUUGCUACUUACCAAUUCUUCUCAGAUUAUGGCACUGCCCGGCUGCGUGGCAUAGAGGCAAAUCUGAUUUAUACUCCUUGGCAAUUGUUAGAAGUCCAGUUAAAUCAUGUUUUUUAAAAAAUAAAUUUUAAAGCCAUUGCAGUCUUUCUCAAACUUUGUGGAAAGAUGAUUAUUAUUAAAAUAAAAGUUUAACGAUACUCCCUUUGACAUAAGAUUCAACAAUACGCUUUCUGCAGGUAGCACUGAUUUCAAGUGAUAGUGUCAAAGUAAGAAUUCAAUGAAGGCUGCAGUCAAUCUUCAGUUAAAACCAUUGUGCCCAGCUAUUCCAUUAUAUGCAUGUUACACAAGCAAGGAUUUGGCACAGACAUCCUAUUUCAUGGCUACCAACAGUCUUCACCUUACUACGUUCUGUCUUCAGUACAAGCCUACAGUGAUAGCAUGUGUGUGCAUUCACUUGGCCUGCAAGUGGUCCAACUGGGAGAUUCCAGUAUCAACGGAUGGAAAACACUGGUGGGAAUACGUAGACCCUUCAGUUACUCUAGAAUUACUAGAUGAGCUAACUCAUGAGUUUCUGCAGAUACUGGAGAAAACGCCUAGCAGGCUCAAGAGAAUUAGAAAUUGGCGGGCUAAUCAGGCCGCUAAGAAACCUAAAGGUGAUGGACAGGUAUCCGAGAACUCGCUUCUUGGUUCAUCUUUGGUCCAGAAUUCCAUUUUGGUGGAUACAGUUACUGGUGUAGCUGCAAACACAAGUUUCCAGAAACAAUCCACAUUUCCUGCCCCGGUACCUCUGACCUCAGGAAGUAUUUCUGUUCCAGACAGUCACGCACCUGAAAAUUUGGCAAUAUUAGCUACGGGAAUGCCAAGUACCUCAUACAGUUUGGCAUCGCACCAGGAAUGGCCUCAGCAUCAAGAACAAACACGGACAGAACAAAUAUAUUCUCAAAAACCGGAGACGGUACCUGCCAGUCAGUACAACAUGAACUUCCAGCCGGGGACGUCCGUACAGUUGCACUCUGCAGUACAUCACAGACCUGACAAACUUGCUGAGCAUUCUGCUGUCAAACAAGAGUAUUCUCAUAAGUCAGGAAGCAAACACCACGGACAAGUUGCCGCUCCUGUAAUAAUUCCUCAGAAAAUGUCUUUGGAUAAAUACAGAGAGAAGCGCAAACUCGAAACCCUUGAACUGGAUGUGAGAGAACACUACGUAGCAACCCCGGGCGAACAGCAGCAUAAAAAACACAUGCAGCCACAGGCAGCCAGCAGUUCUUCUGUCACAUCUCCUAUAAAAAUGAAAAUUCCUAUCGCAAACACGGAAAAGCCUGAAAAACACUUGUCUGAUAAGAAAGAAAAGGGUGGCUCGCUCAAACUCCGUAUACCCAUCCCGCCCACAGAGAAGGGUGCCAGUAAGGAGGAGCUGAAAAUGAAAAUUAAAGUGUCUUCCUCAGAAAGGCAUAGCUCAUCGGACGAGGGCAGCGGGAAGAGCAAGCAUUCGAGUCCCCACAUUAGCAAAGAGCAUAAGGAAAAACACAAAGAACACUCUUUAAACCGCCACCACAGCUUGGGGCAUAAGCACUCCCACUCGCACGGCGGUGGCAGCAGUAGUGGCGGCAGUAAGCAUAGCACUGACGGAGUAACGCCGACUGCUUUGAGGAGUCCCGUUGGCCUGAGUAGUGAUGGCAAUUCCUCUAGUUCCGGCUCUUCGAGAAAGAAGUUGCACAGCAACGAUGCUUCUCACAACCACCACUCCAAAAUGAGCAAAAGUUCCAAAAGUUCAGGUAGUUCAUCUAGUUCUUCCUCUGUUAAGCAGUAUGUAUCCUCUCACAGCUCUGUUUUUAACCUUCCCUUACCCCCUCCUCCCCCUGUCACAUACCAGGUGGGCUACGGACAUCUCAGCACCCUCGUGAAACUGGACAAGAAACCAGUGGAGAACGGUCCUGAUGCCAAUCACCAGUACAGUACAAACAGCCAGCAUAUGGACUACAAAGAUACAUUCGACAUGCUGGAUUCGCUGUUAAGUGCCCAAGGAAUGAACAUGUAGUCAAUUCUUAGGUUGUUUUUCUUUACCUUUUUUUUUUAAUUUAAGAAUUGUUAGAAUGGAAAACUUACUAAUAUAGCAGUAGCAACACCAGCUGUUGCUGCCGUGGUUUCAGUAUAUGUAAGUGCUGCUUUAUCCUUCACUCUGAAAAGAAGAGGUAUAGUAAACGAGUCUUUAUCUCCACAUACGAUAGUGUUAUAAAUACUGUAAUAGCAUGGAAGGUGCACAAAUCUCAGUAUUUCUACAGCCGCAGCUAAGAACAGUAGAAUGAGCGUCCGCUUCUAGGUGUAUAGGAUGCCUCGAGCAUUGAUUAUUUAUAAUUUUGAAUACUGCAGCCACAACUUUCCGUUGCAUAGUUUUUGAAUGAGUGUAAUUGUUUUCUCGUGUAUUUAUACUGUAUGUAUGAUUUGCAUGUCUCAAAGAUAAAGGGAUUAAAAACAGUAUACUGACAACUGUUUACAAGAAAGUGGAGAAAAAUGUACAUACAUUUUUGUAUGUUUAGAUAUUACCAUAAAUACUCAGGAUUGGAGCUGCUUGUAAGUAUAACAAAAUACACAUAACUUUAUUUUAUCUUGCCAGAGUCCAUCAGUGAUCCACACAAAGAUGGCACUUUGUCUUGUUUAUCUUUAAACUGUAGGCCUUAUCGGAAGCCGCUUAAAAGGGACACUUCACUAGAGAAGGUACCUGGUACCGUGUAGGGUCGUCAACGGACAGUAUUGCCAGAGGGGCAGGAAACGGGGUAGGCCUCUGCUCGUUCCUUAUGGCCAGACCUCAGAAAUGUCCCUAGUUGUCUGAAGGAAAAAGGAACUAAAAUAAAAGUUUACAUAAUCUUUUGAUGUGAAGUGCAUUUAAAUGUUUAUUGGCUUGAUGCAGUAAAAUAGACACAGAGCUGUUAAUAAUGGUUAUGUAGAUUAAUGUGACUUAACUGCAAUUCAUAACGGUCAUUGUGGAAAAUCAUCUUUUUUAAAAAAAACCUCCAUAAUUUAUUUUCAUAGCAAACAGGGGUCACCGUUUCCAUUACCAUUUCAGAAUAAUACCCAUGUUCUGAAAUCCAAAAAGUGUACUUGUGUGUGAUGCCAUAUUUCUUUUACAGGUGAAUGCAGUCUGCACAGUAAAUAAGAAUAAAACUAUUGAUAUCCCAACUUUAUAUUCCAACAAUAAAAUAGUUAUCGUUGAUUCUGCGCAUUGUACUUGUCAUUAGUUAUCAAAUUGGAAGAUACUUGUUCUGUUUUUUCAGCUCUGUGGGGGUUAAAAAGGAAAAAAUCAGUCUCCCCGUUAAACCACUAGCCUCCCUUUUAUCUGCCCGCAAGUGUCCGUGCGAUGGCUUGUGUGCUCUUCCCAGGGUGUUUUGCUCGCCAAUGAAAUGACGGGUGUGAACAUUCUGGUGUUCUCAAAGCCAACACUACAGCUCAGCCACCUGGAUAACAGUCACCUGACUUUCUGGGUUGUUACUCUCAAAACUCUUCACAAGCUCUGAAGUACCUCAGCACGAACUCAGUACAUGGUAGCAACAGCCAGUUUUCAGUGACUUCUUUAACUUAGAAGUGAACAUGAUGUGAAGUAACCUUUUGCUAAGCCACCUCGUUCCCUUAGCGCUCAUGUAACUCCCUAAGUCUCAGACGGUUAAGCUGAAGCUUAACCCUUUCAGUAACGUUACUUGCCUGUGCUUGGAAAGCUAAAACUGUUCAAUACCGACCCGGUUGGUAGUUACUGUAUGAUGUAACUACAGGUAUAUCAAUUACUAUGUAAUACUCUGUUUCCAGUAAUGCAAACGCUUGUAAUGACUUGAAUUAAGUUUUAUUUGAACUAUGGAUACUUUUUCUACACUUAAGGAAUAUUUAAACGGAAACCUGAUCGCAUUUUCUGCUAAAUCUAAGCUUAAAUCUUGGCCUGUGGACAAAAUCCAAAUCUGUCCUGUCUCUACCGACUUGGGUUAUUUUUCUACAUUCAGAAUGUAACUCUUGUUACGCACUUCUGCACUCUUGAAUAUUUUCUAUCCUUUUAUAGUCUGUUUCCUUUCCAUCUCAGCGCUACUCUUGAGUCUGAUUUUUAACAAUUGUACUCUGUGUUACGUGCUGUCCCAAACUAGAGCGUGGGCGGACAGAUGAAAUGGCAGUAAAUUGUCUUAAUUUUUCUUCAAAGCACUACAGUAUUUUCUUUUUUAUUCUUUUGUAGUUGUGCCAUGAAAUGCAUCUUAUACAGCUGCUCUGGAUAAGCAAUAUAUUGUACUGUAAAUAUAGCAAUUGCUAUCAUAACUUGGAGUUAAAAUGUCUGGAUGGUAAUUAGUGCCUGUCUAACAGAAACUGGAAAAGAGCAUAGGUCUUCAUCCUAAGGUGCUGUUUCAAAAGGACUAUUUCAUAUUUUGAUUCUGGGAAAUUGUGAGAUAUCGUGGACAAAAUUGUUGCUAUGCUACACUGAGAUCCAAACGGUGACUUUUGGUUUCUCUGUAAAGGAUGUCCAUAAAACUCAUUGGUUUUGGUUUUUUAUGUCAUUGUAAAUACGUGAAACUGUAUCUGUCUUUUUGUGUCUGAGGCUCAAUUCAAGGUGGUGAUAGCAGGGGCUGAGAGGGAGGGAGAAGAGACACAAGGUGCCACUCACUUCCCCUGUCCGCAGCCCGCUGCGAGUUGGUGAAUUGUGUGCAUUGCAGCCUGGCUGCGGUGUUUGAGAUGGAUGAAAAUUAAUGGGAUCAGCAUCUGCCUCGCAAGCGAAUGAAUCAAUGCAAUAAAAGGCGAACAGACAACACUACUACUCUGUUCAUCACUUUGAUUACAGAUUUUUUUUUGUUAUAAAUCUGAGUACAUGCAUUAUGUAAUUUGUAAAAUGAUUCUGUAGUGGAGACCUUGCUACAACACUAUUAAAAAUCUUCCCUUUUUGUGAGAUAUGAGGUUUGUAGAAUAGUGAGAUUCUUUCGUAUGUUGAAUCUUAAUCUGUUCCUGAUGGUGGGAGUGCUGAAGUAAUGUAUCUCACUGUGAUCUGGUACUUCGGUAUUUGCAUAAAUGGCAGUUCUGUAUAUUCUUUUGGCUAACUGUAAAUAUAAAUGUUUCAUAGUAGCAUAGUUGAAUUUUUGAGGUUCAGCCAUUUGUGUGACAUUAGAAAAAACAACUUUAUUUCUAAGAACUUGUAAAAAAAAAAAAGUAUUUUCAAUAAAAUUCCCUACCUCACCUCAA